AUGAAAUCCAUUUUGUAUCUUGCUGCCGUUAUUGUCGUCUCUUCCUCAGUUUUUUUGGAAAUACAUGACUUGCAAAAAAUGGUUUCAUCAGAUGAUGAAAGAGCCCAGUUAGAAGUUUUGGAUGACGAUAAAUACACGCCAAGGUCCCAGAUACAACAACAAGUAAACGAAAUAGUUCAACGACAAAGCCAGGAUGUCCAGGUGAAGCUUCGUCCACUUAAAGCAGUAGCAUUUUAA